CCCCGCGCACGGCCCCGGUCCCUCCCCGCCCAGCCGCAGCCAAAUCGCGCUCCUGCGCAGUUGGUGUUAUUGUGACUGCCGGGCCGUGGCCCCGGAUGUUGUGGCUGCUGGAGGGGAGAUGGAGGAAGCCGAAGGGGUGGCCGCGGCCCCCGGCCCAGCUUCGGGGGUGGCUUUCAAGGGCCGCCGAGCUAUGCCCGGCUCUUGGGAGCGCGACCAGCAGGUUGAGGCUGCGCAGCGGGCCCUGGUGGAGGUGCUGGGGCCCUACGAGCCUCUGCUGAGCCGGGUGCAGGCUGCCCUGGUGUGGGAGCGGCCCGCCAGGAGCGCCCUGUGGUGCCUGGGGCUGAACGCGGCGUUCUGGUUUUUUGCACUGACAUCCCUUCGUUUUGUGUUUUUACUUGCGUUCAGCUUGAUGAUCAUUGUCUGUAUUGACCAAUGGAAGAAUAAAAUUUGGCCCGAAAUAAAAGUGCCACGACCUGACGCGUUAGACAAUGAGAGCUGGGGCUUUGUGCACCCUCGGUUGCUCAGCGUGCCCGAGCUCUGUCACCAUGUAGCUGAAGUCUGGGUUAGUGGGACCAUUUUCAUAAGGAACCUUUUGCUUUUCAAAAAGCAAAACCCAGGCAAGUUCUGCUUGCUGAGCUGUGGGAUCCUGACCUUUUUGGCCAUGUUGGGCCGCUACGUCCCUGGGCUCCUGCUGUCCUACGUGAUGCUUGUCACUGUUAUGAUGUGGCCUCUUGCUGUGUAUCACCGACUGUGGGAUCGAGCCUAUGUGUGGCUGAAGCCGGCUCUGCAGCGGCUGGACUUCAGUGUCCGUGGCUACAUGAUGUCAAAGCAGAGAGAAAGACAAUUGCGCCGCAGAGCUCUACACCCUGAACGUGCCGUGGACAACCACAGUGACAGUGAGGAGGAGCUUGCUGCCUUCUGUCCUCAGCUGGACGAUUCUACUGUCGCCAGGGAAUUGGCUAUCACAGAUUCGGAGCACUCUGAUGCUGAGGUCUCCUGUACAGACAAUGGCACGUUUAACCUGUCAAGAGGCCAAACACCUCUUACAGAAGGUUCUGAAGACCUAGAUGGUCACAGCGAUCCAGAGGAAUCAUUUGCCAGAGACCUUCCAGACUUUCCUUCUAUUAACGUGGAUCCUGCCGGCCUGGAUGAUGACGAUGACACCAGCAUUGGGAUGCCAAGCUUGAUGUACCGCACCCCACCGGGGCCUGGAGAGACCCAUGUCCUGCCUGCCAGUCGGGACGAGGCCGCACUGCCUGAGCUCCUGCUUGGUUCCCUUCCUGGAGGUUCUAACCUUACCAGCAACCUUGCCAGCUUGGUCUCCCAGGGUAUGAUCCAGCUGGCCUUGUCAGGGGCCUCCCAGACAGACCUUUCUGGCCCACCUCCCCGAAGAGCAGCAAGAGGCGUCCUCCGGGCCCCUAGUUCAGACCUGGACACUGAUGCUGAGGGAGAUGAUUUUGAACUUCUGGACCAAUCAGAGCUGAAUCAGCUAGACCCUGCCAGUUCCAGAAGCCACUGAGAAGAGACUCCUUUAAGGGGGGUCACUGUGAUUUUUUUUUUCUCCCCACCCCACUUACUGUGAUGGGGCAAGGGAAGAACCCAGUCUUGUCCCCUGAGUUUUAUCUGUGUUCUGGGUGGCCUGGCUGAUGCAGAGGCCUGCUGAGAGAACAUAUUCAUUACCGUGCUGCCAGCUAGACACCAUUUCUGUGCUUAGUCACUGAAGUGGAACGCGCUCCCUGCAGGG